UUUGGGAACAACCACACGUGUACGCAACCGGUGUGCGGAGUGUGAAUGCGCAAGUUCCUUGGGACUUUCUAAAGGAAUUUUUGACUAAUAUUUUUUUUUCCUGUAAAAAUGAGGGUAAUCAACUGGACACUUCUUUACUCGAAGCUUCUUUUUUCUUUUACGUCAUUUAUAGUGUAAUUCGAUACAGUGAUCCUAUGGAUUGUACCUUUAUUAUCGAAUGCACAAAUGUACAAGUAUUGGCGGAAUUCUAUUUGAGGAUGCGACCUAUACUAAAUCCCUUUAACAUGAAGCUGAAUACUCCAGCUUCCUUAUUUAUGGUGAGGCACAACAUAAAGUCUAUCGUCGAUUCAAACUUUGGCACUGUCAAUGAGAAUAUGAAACAUGCACAAGAAGGCAAACGCACUGCUGUGGGGUUCGCUCACGUUGCAAGGCAUACUAUUACAAAUCCAAAAACCUCUAAUAGAGGAAAUAAAAAAAGUUUCAUAUUUCAUCUUACGAAUUUUUGGGAAUCUGGUCAAGACGAAGCCUUUGCCAAUAGGUUCUUGCACCCACAAACCUUCAUUGAUACAAUGAGUACUCUUAUGAGUAUUUAUACUAAUACAAACGUUGAAGACAUUACGGACACUCGUCUACAUAUGUGGUCUAAACAAUGUCUUAGUGAAGUACUUAAUUCAAUCCGUAUAUUCACGAGAAUAAUGCCAUCAAGCAACAAUUGUGUCGCCGCUGCUGCUGCUGCUGUUAAAAGCAAUGAGAAGGGAACACCUCAAACUUCUGCUGCAAUACAAGUGUCAACGGACGAUCUAGAGGAUCAGGUUUUUCAAGAUGUGCGAGAUCGCAUUAACCAAUUGACAGCAUCUUCGGAUCCCUGGGGAGGAUGUGACGAAGACAUGGCAUGGACAUCGAGAAUCGACAACGCUUCGAAUGAAGAACCAAUGCUGGGGGUAGGGGGUUCCGAAGAGGAAAAAGAAGGGCUCGAUAAGCCGACCGAACAUGGUGUUGACAACGCAGUAGAAGAUGGCAAGGAAUAUCAGGCUGUGAUUACCCAAGUUCGCAAAGACAACGAAGAAGAGUGCAUAACACAAGUUGUAAAAAGCUAUGACGGACAACCGAUAUGCCAGGAAGAGUCCCAAUAUCAUGGAAGCGAAAGAGCGCUUAUUGGUAACGAUGGCAUAGUUAUUCAAGAUUGCCAAUACGAUAAAGAGUGUGAUAUACAAUUCAUGACUAAUGGGGAAGAAGAAAUGUGUGACAAACAUAAGCGCUACUCUGAAGCAGGCGCUUGUGACAACGUUGAACUCUAUGAUAAUGGAGAUAUCGACGACCGAUCAGCACCCCCUUUGGUGGACGAGGUGUCCUGGCAACCACCACUCAAUCUUGACGAUGUUCUGAAACAAUCCAUUGCCGAGUGCGAAUUACCUUGCAACGAAGAUGUCGGCUCCUGUAUGCAAGGUGGAAUCAAUUUGGACGAGAUUGAUUUACGUACACCAUGUCCUAAAGAACCUGGUACAUCGAUUAUAAACAGGGUAUCUAUUAAUAACUUAUGUAAACGACGAUUAGCGGAAGAAUUAUUUCAAGGUAUACAUACAGACUCUGAGUUUAAUUUUGACCCUUGAUAGGAUGAACAAUACAUUAAUUGACGAUAGCGUCUAUAGUGAUACUUAUUGUGACAAUGCGGACGAUGCUAAUGACAAUACAUCGUAUUAUAAUCGAGUCAAGAGUGAUGAUGAAAACGACGUGGACGACAACGAAAACGAAAACGACAUCGAAGACGAAGAAAAAAAAUGUGAAAUUGAAUUUUGUAAAGACAUUCCACCAUGUAAAAACAUGAAGAUAUAAGUGUGAUUUCAAUA